AUGAAGCUUCUGUCUUAUAAGACUGCUCUGCUCUUAGACCUCGUAUCGGCUAAAAGGAUGGAGCUAGGGGUCACUCUGCAACUGAACGCUGCAUAUUUGCCUAAGGUCAUCCCGCUCAACUACGGUUCCAUGACCAUUGAGCUUUUGGGCUUCAGUAGUCCUCCUUUUGCCUCUGAGGAGCAGAGGAGACUGCAUUGUCUGUGCCUGGUUCGUGCUCUGCAGGCUUAUAUAAAUUACACUCAGAGUAUCAGUAAAACAGACCAACUGUUUGUGUGUUUCGCCAAACCCUCCAUGGCUAAAGCUUUGUCAAAGCAAAAACAUUCUCAUUGGAUUGUGGAGGCCAUUUCCCUGUGUUACAGCGUCACUGGCUCCCAGCUCACCCUAGGGAUCAGGGCACACUCUACUAGGGGAGAGGAACAAGCCAGGCCACACGAGGGCGUGAUGUCCUAUAGUACCUUACUUUUUGUGUUUAUAUCUCAGCUGCCUCUUGGUUUUCCUACCUGCCCACUUAUCCUCUCCCAGUCAUCCUCAGCUAUUCACUCCCCCAGAUUCCUCCUCAGUUUUUCCCUUAUGACCUUUGACCUCUUAUUUUUGUUCUGUUUAGUCCAGUCUCCUAGUUGUCCUCCCAUGUCUCUGGCCCAGUCCAAAUACUCGCACUGCACCUUACGGUCCUCAGCAAUGUGCACUUGGAGGAAGUGCUUCUGCUUUGUCUCCUUCUGCUUCUACUUCUGCUUCUGCUGCUUCUUCUCCUGCUUCUUCUUAUUCUACUUCUGCUUCUGCUGCUUCUUCUUCUGCUUCUGCUUCUUCUUCUGCUUCUACUUCUGCUUCUUCUGCUUCUGCUUUGUCUUCUCCUGCUUCUUCUUAUUCUACUGCUUAUUCUGUUUCUCCUUUUUCUGUUUCUUCUUCUUUUGCUUCUUCUCCUUCUGCUUCUUCCUAUUCUACUUCUGCUUCUGCUUUGUCUUCUUCUGCUUCUACUUCUUCUGUGCUGCUUCUCUUGCUUCUCCUUCUGCUUCUACUUUUGCUUCAUCAUCUUCUGCUUCUGCUGCUUCUUCUCCUGCUUUUUCUUGUUCUACUUCUUAUUCUGCUUUGUCUCCUUCUGCUGCUUCUUCUUAUUCUACUUCUGCUUCUUCUUCUGCUGCUGCUUCUGCUUCAUCAUCUUCUGCUUCUGCUUCUUCUUCUUCUUCUGCUUCUACUUCUGCUUCUUCUGCUUCUGCUUUGUCUUCUCCUGCUUCUUCUUAUUCUACUUCUUAUUCUGCUUCUCCUUCUUUUUCUGUUUCUUCUUCUUUUGCUUCUUCUCCUGCUUCUUCUUAUUCUACUUAUGCUUCUGCUUUGUCUCCUUCUGCUUCUACUUCUGCUUCUACUGCUUCUUCUCCUGCUUCUUCCUCUCCUGCUUCUUCUUAUGCUGCUUCUGCUUUGUCUUCUUCUGCUUCUACUUCUGCUUCUGCUGCUUCUUCUCCUGCUUCUUCUUAUUCUACUUCUGCUUCUGCUUUGUCUUCUUCUGCUUCUACUUCUGCUUCUUCUGCUUCUACUUCUGCUGCUUCUUCUCCUGCUUCUUCUUAUUCUACUUCUGCUUCUGCUGCUUCUUCUUCUUCUUCUGCUUCUACUUCUGCUUCUUCUGCUUCUGCUUUGUCUUCUCCUGCUUCUUCUUAUUCUACUGCUUAUUCUGUUUCUCCUUUUUCUGUUUCUUCUUCUUUUGCUUCUUCUCCUUCUGCUUCUUCCUAUUCUACUUCUGCUUCUGCUUUGUCUUCUUCUGCUUCUACUUCUUCUGUGCUGCUUCUCUUGCUUCUCCUUCUGCUUCUACUUUUGCUUCAUCAUCUUCUGCUUCUGCUGCUUCUUCUCCUGCUUUUUCUUGUUCUACUUCUUAUUCUGCUUUGUCUCCUUCUGCUGCUUCUUCUUAUUCUACUUCUGCUUCUUCUUCUGCUGCUGCUUCUGCUUCAUCAUCUUCUGCUUCUACUGCUUCUGCUGCUUCUUCUUGUUCUUCUUAUUCUGCUUCUCCUUCUGCUGCUUCUUCUGCUCCUUCUGUUUCUGCUUCUUCAUAUUAUACGUCUGCUUCUUCUUAUUCUACUUCUUCUUCUGCUUCUGCUGCUUCUCCUCCUCCUCCUCCUCCUCCUCCUCCUCCUUCUUCUGCUUCUUCUUCCAACACUGAAGAACAAGCACGUUAAAAAUCUCAUAUUCAACAUUACAUAAUGGCAAACAAUCAAAUUGUGUUUGGUAUAAAUUAAUUUAAUACAAAGAAGGGAUGUAUUAACCAAGACAAAGGUUGCUAAAAUGUUCCAAUCCAACAAGUUUGUUUGUAGGCUGAUUACUAAAUAAAAUAAAAAUGUUAGUGGAAGCUGGUCUGGAAAACCUCAAAAGGACAAAUAUUUCAGGAAUUAGAUAAGUCCUACACUAUACUAGAGUGUCUUUUUUGAAAGGACAAAUAUUCAGACCAUAGUAACUUAUUAACCUAUUCAUAAAGUAGUAAAUGGCUGUGUCUUGUAAUCUGUAGUUUGUCAGUAAACUAAUAAAGUUCAGAAGAGCAAGUUCAAUUUAGCAUACGUGUUUUUAAUUUUUGUCUUUUCUCACGGAUUUAAUGUGUAGCACAACAAACAGCCACAUUCACAUGAGUGGCCGUGUUCAGACACCAUGACAGUGUGGCUGACCUAGGAUCUGAAUCAGGAACUGGGAACGGAACCACAAGCCACCACUGUGUUGUGGCAGGAAGCACUACCUGUUUCAGUCAGACCCAGAUAAAACACAGAUGUGUGCUUUGUAACUUGCUUUUAGUGAUUUCAGUGUACUGAAUGUAUCUGGGUGUGCUUCUUAAUGAAGUUGCUUUCAUUUUAAAAGAUACAACCCCCUAAAAUGUCAAGUCAUGCUUGCUGACAUCAUAAAAUCCAGUCCGACACAGUUUCAUUUUCUGUUUAUCGGAAGUCAGUCUCGCCAUCGAGAUCUUUAUUACUCACUCUUGUCAUUUCUGAGAACUCUGGAUUUGCUUUCUGUUUUCAGUCUGAUCACAUGAACUCUCCCAGCUGCAUCUGCUAGAUCAACAACCACUUAUAUCUUUUACAUGUAUUUCUCCUCUUGAA